GCCGACAUUCUACAUCGUGGCGGUUUUUUGUGGAGGAUUGUUGCUGCAGGGGCAACUCGCGAUGUCGCCCCCAGACGCAGGUAACGAAAGGAGACAGGGCUCGUUAUGCAUGGCGUGUAUGGGCAGCAAGGCUUUGGAGGGAUAUAUCAUGGCGGUGUCACGGAUCAACGCGCGCUCGUCCCUGUUCUCUCCAUUUUUGCCGUAGUACACUCGAACUGCUGUUGGACAGCGAAGUUCAUGAGCACAACUUUAGCGGCACAGCCAGAUUAGACUACUCGAACGGCGACCAGUCGAUCCCAGUAGCUGGAGCAACUGGACAGGAGGACGAACAAUGCCUCUAGGACCCAAUCCGCGAGGUCAAGGCGGCCUCCCGCUCCUGAUCGCAAGGGACGAGUGCUCCGAUGCGUUUGGCUCCAAUGCAUCCAAUUCCAUCUGCAAUCCUAGCAUGACACUUUGCUGUGUAUGGCACGGCCAGCCAUUCCCUUCUUGCCACCAAUACCUCGGCAACGGUUGGUGUUGUGCCGGAAGCGAUGCAGCGGAUAUCUGCCACGUCGACCAGCCCUCGAACUGCGACGAUCCGAGCUCCGUGCCUUGCACCAACCUCGAGGACGGCACCGCCGAGGCCUGCUGCCCGCGCUUGACCACCUGCGACCCGACCAUCAAGGCGAGCAAAGACGCGGUUCGCUGCAACAUCCAGUACGGUGAUCUCAAGCGCGCAGCACAGGCCUCACCCGUGACCCCGCUGCCGGUGGUGUCGUCCCCCUCAACGGCAACGACGGACUCCGCCGACGCCACGACGACCACUUUGACAACGACGACGAGCUCCUCCGCGUCGACGGCCAGCUCGACGUCGUCGACGUCCUGGCCUGUCCCUGCGAGCAAUACAACCACAGAUGCCAAUUCAACCAUGCAGAAGACAUCAUCCUCAUCCUCAUCAUCCUCCGCCUCCUCCUCCUUGGUGGUGCCCUCUCAAAGCCAGGGGCCAGCACCGGCCCAGCAGUUGCCGGCGGGGCUGAUAGCCGGUGCGGCGGUCGGCGCCACGCUCGGGCUUGUGUCGUUGGUGCUGCUGGGGUACCUCUUUUUCCGCAAAUUGGCGAAGAAGAGGAGGAGACUGCAAGAGCAGCAGCAAGGCGGCGGCGGCGGCAAUGGCGGUAACGACGGCAACGGCAACGGUUAUCCUUACCAUUACCCUCCACCUCCGCCUGCUCCGUUGACUUACCAUGAUUACCAUCGUCAUCCGCCGGCCGGCGAGUUCCAGCAGGGACAUGAUUACCCGUAUUAUGCCCAGGUGACGAGGGAGGUCGGCUAUGGCUACCAGCCGGGCUCGUGGAAGGCGCCGGUGGAGAUGAUGGCGAAGAGCUUGGUGGAGACGGAUGGGCCGGUUGAGCUCGCCAGUGAGGAUGUCAGGGUUCGUGUGCGUUGAUUGAGUGCGGAGCGGGAUGUCAUGACGGGAUGCAUGGGAGUUUGUCCAAUGUGCAACCAUGUGUGGGGUCCAAAGCAAGGCGCCGCAUUUGACCUGGAAUUAAACAAACCAGACGACCCAGUUCUAUUUUGAGGGUGGGUGCGGUCGCGAAGGAUUGCACGGAUUACUUCCGUGUUAAGCAGGUCCAUAUGCAAGAUUGAAAAUCUAGAUCCACUGUCGCGAUUUUCUAGCUGAAGUCGUUGCCUACCCGACACUGCUCGAGGUAUGGUACAGGACAGGGCACCUGGUGCCCGCAUUCCAUUCGAGUGUUGUUAACUCCGAGAGAGCGUCACUGUGGGGUCCUGCCCCCUUUCU